UUUAGGGCAAGUUAAAGUCUACAGAGCUCUGUAUACCUUUGAACCCAGAACUCCAGAUGAAUUGUACUUCGAGGAAGGCGAUAUUAUCUACAUUACCGACAUGAGUGAUAGCAAUUGGUGGAAAGGAACUGCGAAAGGCAAGACGGGACUAAUUCCAAGUAACUAUGUGGCUGAGCAGGCAGAAUCUAUUGACAAUCCAUUGCAUGAAGCUGCCAAAAGAGGCAACUUGAGCUGGCUGAGGGAGUGCCUGGACAACCAAGUGGGUGUCAAUGGCCUGGACAAAGCCGGAAGCACUGCCUUGUACUGGGCUUGUCAUGGGGGUCACAAAGAUGUAGUGGAAGUGCUGUUUACUCAGCCGAAUAUUGAACUGAACCAACAGAACAAAUUGGGGGACACAGCUUUGCAUGCUGCUGCCUGGAAGGGUUACGCAGACAUUGUCCAGUUGCUUCUGGAAAAAGGUGCUAGGACAGACUUACGGAACAACGAGAAGAAGCUGGCCUUGGACAUGGCCACUAAUGCUGCCUGUGCAUCGCUCCUGAAAAAGAAGCAGGGAGCAGAUGCAGUUCGAUCAUUAAGCAAUGCCGAGGACUAUCUUGAUGAUGAGGACUCAGAUUAAUUUCCUUCUGGAGCUUGGAGACCUAAAACUUCUUUUGCUUUUGCCAUUCCAAAAUCUUGUUUUUUUGCCAGAGAGUAUUGGUAACUGUAAAAAAAAAAAGAAAAAGAAAAAGUAUAUAUGAAUGUGGCCGUGUUGCACUGUGUUUGAAUAGAACAUGUAAAUGACUAGUUUUCGCCUUUGGUUUGCCAAUAAGUGACUGAUACUUGCUGUAUAAAAUGCAUCUAUGUUCACCAGAGUAGAACCAAGAAGAGAUUAUUUCUAUUUAUCAAGUUAAAGGAAUUUUUAAGAUUUUUUUUUUCUUUAAAAAAUAUCAGAGUGGUUUCUUUUUAAAGUUCUUUACCUCAAGGAUUGGGAUAUUUUGAGUGGGUUUUCAAAGGGGAAAAUGCUUAUUACAAUAAUAGAUCAAAAUACUUAACAGAAAACUGUCAGCUGUUCUGACAAAAAUAAACAUUUUAAGGGACUUUAUUCCUUU